GGUUUACAUAUCUUGCUCAAUAUGGAGCUUAAAUCAUCAUAUUUUGAAGUCAAUUUUCAAAACAUAUUUCAGCUUGGAAAUCGCUAUGCUUCUAUGCUUCAAGCAUAUAUUUGCUUAUAUAGUUUACCUCUGCAUUUUACUCAUUGUAUUUACGUAUGUCAUUCUCUGCAGUCACUACAUAUAUGAUUGUCACUUGGUUAUGUACUUUAUGCUAUAUUAUGAUUAUGUAUCAAGCAUUGUCAUUUUGUUUUGUAUAUUAUUCCAAUAAAUGCAGACAAUUCUGUUAAAAAACUUUCAGUAUUUUGUUUGAUUUACAAGUUGAUUUUCAAAAAGUAUGGUAAAAAUUUCUGGUUUAUCGUCUGGUAGCUGAUAUACCGUAUCAAUUAUUCUUUGCUGAUAUCCCUAUUUGGCAUACCAUACUUUUUAUUUACAUGGUCUAGUCAGAUGGGCGGUGUAACUGUUGACCGCACUUUGUACUUGAGUUCAGAACUUCAGGGAUAGGCCCUACAUCUUAAUACUCUGAGGCCUAGUUAAUUAAACCAAGGAUACUGUAGCAAUGAAUGAUACUACUACUUGUUACGCGGUUUUGAAGCUCAGAGACAGAAUGUGGCUGAAGUUUUGCCUUUUCAUCAUGCUCUCUCUAUCGCUAGUUUCGGCAUCAAAUUCCAAGGCAUCCACUGAGUCUCAGUCUCGAUCCAAGAUCAAAGGCCUGGCGAAGUCUCACACUCACACAUCCGCGGGACACAGCUCACGUCAGUUUCAAGGCAGACCCAAUGUCCUGUUCAUUGUGGUUGAUGAUCUCCGACCCUCUCUCAAUAGCUAUGGUGGUCCUAUUCUUUCUCCUAAUAUUGAUGGCCUUGCAUCACAAUCUGCUGUAUUCCAACAUGCAAUGGCUCAGCAAGCAGUGUGUGGACCAAGCCGAACAUCCUUCCUAACCAGUAGGAGACCUGAUACAACCAAGCUCUAUGAUUUCUACUCUUAUUGGAGGGAUGCAGCAGGAAACUACACUACUUUACCACAACACUUCAAAGAACAUGGAUACUUUACUGCUUCCAUUGGGAAAGUCUUUCAUAAUGGUAAAGCUUCAAAUGGAACUGAUGAUUACCCAUACAGCUGGUCAGUAGAACCAUGGCAUCCUCCAACACAAAAAUAUAAGAGAGCAAAGGUGUGCAAGAACUUGGAUGGCACACUACAUGAGAACAUCAUAUGCCCUGUCAAUGUCACUGAAAUGCCCUUGAAGAGCCUUCCUGAUAUGCAAAGCACCGACUACGCCAUUGACCUUCUCAAACAGUUUGCCUCAAGGUCACGAGCUUCACCACCGUCUCGCAAGUCUACCAUGAAAGAGAGUGGUUUCCGUAUCUCUAAGGACCCUUCCCAGCCAUUCUUUUUAGGUGUUGGGUACCAUAAACCUCACAUACCUUUCAAGUAUCCUCAGGAGUACCAGGCUUUGUACCCUCUGGAAGAGGUAGAGAUUGCCUCUAACCCUGACCUACCUCCUAAGCUACCACCCGUGGCAUUUGAGCCUUACUUAAGCCUGAUGGAACGGGAAGACAUUGCUGCCCUCAAUAUCAGUUUUCCCUACGGUCCUAUACCUAGACCUUAUCAUUACCUACUGCGACAGAGUUACUACGCAGCUGCCACCUACACAGAUUUCCAGAUAGGAAGGUUACUUCAUGGCUUAGAAGAAAAUGGCUUUGCAAAUAAUACAAUAAUCGUAUUUGUUGGAGAUCAUGGAUGGCAGCUGGGUGAGCAUUCAGAAUGGUGUAAGUUCUCAAACUUUGAAUUGGCCACACGGGUCCCGCUUAUGGUUCAUGUACCAGGAGUUGGAGAUAAACAAAUGACGAAGAAGUUUCCUCUGAGAAAUCUACUCGAUAACAAAACGUUACGCGAAACAAGGUAUUCUCAUGGUCUGAAAGGGGGUAAAGUUGUGAAAGAAUUUGUUGAGUUGGUAGAUAUGUUCCCCUCUCUUGCAGAAUUAGCCGGACUUCCAGUGCCAAAUACUUGCCCUCCAAAUCCAUUCAAGGUUGAUUUUUGCACAGAAGGGGUAAGCUUUGCACCCCUCAUAGUGGGAGAUUUGUCUAGGAAAGGGAGUUCUUACACCCGAUGGAAGAAUGCUACCUUCAGUCAAUACCCAAGACCAGGGGAUGUGCCAACAUACCAGUCUGACCUACCCCAUCUAGUCAACAUCACCAUAAUGGGUUAUUCCAUGCGCACUGUGGACUAUCAUUUCACAGAGUGGAUCGGAUUUAACCAUUCAACUUUUCAGGGGGAUUGGGAGGAUGUUCACGCCAGGGAGCUUUAUGUGUUGGCAACAGAUCCACUUGAAAACGACAAUGUUGCAGACAAUUCAGACUUUUCUGACUUAGUCCAAGAUUUACACAUGAGGCUCAAACGUGGAUGGAGGGAUUCCUUACCUGUUUGACCACUUAACCUCAUCUUCUAUGAUGAAAGCAUGUUUGGAAAGAAUUAAAAAGAGUACAAUAGACAACCAUACAGGCCUUAAUUCUCAAAGGUGGGCUAACUUUGCCAGGGGUUGUACAUGUAUUUGACCCAGGGGCCAGCAAUGAUGGGCCAACAAAUCCUGAGUGUUAAUUUCACCCACAGAGCAUUUAACAUCUUUUAGCCCCAGCAUGCUUAUUUGCAUUGGUGCGUGGGCUAAAUCAUAAACUGAAGCUUGCUCCCUAUAUAGCACUGAACUGAGCAUGCUCAGUGUAAUAUCACAGUAUUGGUUCAGUUCAAGUGGUUGUUUCAUAAAGCUAUUUGUAAAGUUACGCACAACUUUACACACUACUGGAACAUGAUCUUGGGUCUUAACUCAAUUACAUAGGGAUAUCACUUGGCAUGAGAAAGGGUUACCAGUCGUGCGUAAAGUCAUUCGUAUCUUACAAACAGCUUUAUGAAACACCUACCAGGGUUUGGCAAUAAUAAUAUGCAACAUAUGUAAAGCGUUGAAUACAAAUGUUUUUAAGCACUUCAUUUAUAGUGCAUACUAUUACCCUGGCUUUAGCACGGCUGCCCUGAUCGGACUCUUGAGCAUUCAAGAAAUUCUCUCGUGUAGUACAUGAGUGCACAUGCUUAACAAUUAUCUCUUCUGACAAACAAAAAUACCUGGGCACAAAUAUUUUCCAGGUAAUUGCGCUUUCGUGAAUGAGCAGUGAAGCCAUCAUACAUAUAAUCUAAAUAUCUGAAUACCCAAAAUCAAGUAACUUUCAAUUUAUGGUAAGCGCAGUUUCAAAUUGCCAAGUGCGUCUUUUUUCUGUACCAUAAAAAGUGAGCUACUUCUGUCUUAUUUUUCUGUAGUACAUGAGUGCACAUGCUUAACAAUUAUCUCUUCUGACAAACAAAAAUACCUGGGCACAAGAAUAUUGCUGUAAUUAUCAAGCUUCUACUGUUCAUUGAAUCAUUAUUAUCACUGAUUUGUUAUGGUGGAUAUAUUUAAAAAUCCUAAGAAGUUCAAUUAUUAAGAUUCUUGGUUAGGCAAAUACAUCAAAAACACCAAAAAGAACAGCAUCAUUCAGCCAAAGUCCAUUUUAGAGACCCACAGCUUAACACUAUCCCAUUCUUGUCGAAUUCACUAUAGCUUGGGUAAGUGGAGGGAACUUCCAGUGUAGGCCCACAGAUGUGAGCUACUGGCCUUCUGGCCAAGCCCUCUAUUGCUGUUAAUUGAAUGGUUAUUUUCAAUACGCUCGUGACUUGUGAACCAGUGAUAAAGUGCAGAAGCUUCUCAAGUGUUUUGCGAUCCAGAGCUCGGACAUAGUGGGUAAGGUAUCUUAGUGACUGGCUUUCCUCCCUUGUUGUUGUAACUGCACUGAAUAAAUUGAUUCCCUUUGCUGUAGGAGCCAGCUCCUUGUACAAAUCAAGAGCUGCAGGAGGAUUUUCAAACUUUGACUGAAGUCCAAAUCGAACAACAUCCCUCAUGCACUGCAAUGCAUAAUUUCCAUUUUGGAUCAUGCACUUGUGUGCCAAUUGGUGGAUUGUGCCUGCAGCUUCUUCCUCUUGUGGAAUGUUGGCCCCUUAUCUGGACAGCAAAUCUACCAUAGCCUCUUUCUCAUCUUCUGUCAAGCUGCCAUCAAGUGCUUAUUGUACAGCUGAUCUGUCUGCAUCGCAUACGUACAGCAUGAAGGAGCUUAAACAAAACAUCUUGUGUGACUUGCUCUUCUCCGAACAACAAAGCUACAAAAAAGCAGGUGCUAGCUUCAUAGGAAACACUUUGUGUUCCAGGUAACCCUUUACUAAUAUUUGCCCAACUGCAUUCCACUCCUCACUGCCUAACUCGGGGCAUAAUGCUGGAAUUCUGACAUCUUCCCCAUCAGAUUAAGUGCUGAAAAACAUUUCCCCAAAACAUGUAGUAUGGUAUUUAUUCAAUAAGAAAACUGGCAAAACAGUCCUAAGACUGACAAAUCUAGUGCACAGUAUAAACAAAGGCAAAGUACAAUAUUAUAAAGAUGAAAUAAAAGCAAAAAAUUACAACCAACCGAUAAUCAUAUUACACAAUCAUAA